GGCUUUGCAAACUGUGCAAAUUGCCUUGGUUUUGUCCAACGAGCCGUCGGGCAACUUUUUAAAAUGAAACUUUCCCCCUAAAAGCCCGUCCUUAUCCAUCUUUCCGCCAUAGACUCUCCUUUAGUUAGGAUAGAUGUUUGCGCGAUUUGCCCGCGCACGUGACCAAAGGUUAUGGGUCAGCCGCCACAAAACAAAACCGCGUUAAUUGCGUUAAAAAAAGGUAAUGCAUUAAAUGUUUAAAAUUAAUCGCCAAAAUUAACGCGUUAACUUUGACAGCACUAAUAUAUAUCUAUAUAUGUAUAUAUCUAUAUCAAAGCCUGCAAGAGAGAAACGUUUGAGCUCCAUACUGGUUCAGAAAUAAUGCUUGAUGUGGUUUGGACAAUAAUAUGACGGAAGAUAAGAUCUGUGGAAAACAAACCUGUUUGGUUCAGCCGGAUAAGCUCAACAUGUCCUACCCUACUUUUACAAUUUUCAAAUCAUAAAUCUAAUCACCAGAAGCGAAAUGCUAAGGUUAUGCUAUAAACGAGCUACAGUUGAGUAGAGCAGGGUCGCACGACUUCAACGUCACGCCAACUUAAAAAAGAACAUUUCAAAAAUACUGAUUCAAAAUUGUACAAGGUGAAACGUUUAUACAUUUCCAAAGAAGACUCCAAAGGAGAGUGGUCAGCAGCAGCUAGUUAAUUCGAAGUGACAGUCACAGAAUCAGCACUUCAGGAACAGGCCUGAAAUAGAGGGGGAUGAGGCAUGCUACAAUGAGGGAUCUGUUUGGUAUUUUUUCAGACACGUUUUGUAUAGAUAUGGUCUACAAUAUAUUGUUCAAAUAUAGUAUAAUCGGAGACCUUCAACUGAAGUUUAUACUAGUUGUUAAAACCAGUAAACCUUAUCAGCUGUACAAAGGCUGAGAGCAGUUAUUACAGAAACAGUGGGGGGGAAGAAGGGUUCAAAGCUACUAACCACAGUGUGUUAUAAUUAUAUAAGUUGAAAUAUGUAAUUAUCAUGCCUUUCUAUAAGUAAUGUUAUAAUCUAAUAUUUAGAUAUUACUUUGUUUAAUAAACUCAAUUAUAAAGACGUUUUCAAAUACAGGAAGUAUGAAAAUUAGCACAAGCUAACGCUAGCUUUGACUGUAUGAGUUUACAUUGUAUUUUUGGAUGUUGCUAAUGUAAAUUUCCCCCAACCAGACACCAAAUCAAAUUCCCUGUAAGUGUAAACGUAGCUAGCAAUAACUUUGAUUCCUAUCUUCACUGACACAUUUCUACAGUGUAAUGUUCUGUAUACGGUAAGACAGAUGUAAUGCAGUCAGAGCCUGAUGUGUGUCUGUAGUGCACUCACCAGUGUUUGCAGAGAUCCUUCUGUGAGGAAAAGCUGCUGGAUUCAGUCGAGUGUUUCUUCAGAGAGAAACGGAGAGACUUGCUGCUCUGCUGUCAGACAAACUUCAGCUUUCAAUUCCGGGAACUUGAAAGUCUUCUCCUGCACUGUGGCUCCACCUCUCAGGGGCAGAGUCCAACAGGGCGUGGAGGAGGAAAUGUUCAGCCUUGUUAUUUAACUUUGUGACGAUGCUUUUUGCAGCUGAUCCUAAAGGCUUUUCAGAUAGUGUAUUGAGCUUAAGAAGUAGGAAUAUUUUCUCAAUGCAUAAAGGAACAUUUCACUCUUUACACAUCUGGGGAUUCAUAUAUUUCACAACAGUUUUACGGCUGUGUUCUGGUCCCUGUUUCAGAGCAGCUGGUGAAACAUCUCCUCCUCCCUGAACAGACCGGUUGAUAACGGCUCUUUAUGGGAGACGUGAUUGUAGACUCAGUCAGUGUCUGCAGUGCUGCCACAAUGUCCAGGUAGAGACCGGCUAAACGCUGCGUCCACCAUGCGGAAACAUCUGGAAAGGAUCCGUUUCCGGGGCCAGAGACGGGAUGACUUCCUGGAUCAGGCCGAUUCUCCCAACACAUCCGACACAGAGAGCAACGAGGAGGUCGUCAGCAGACCUCGAGUCUCUGUCAGAGAGUCGGAGGAGCUGAGGGAGGCGGAGGGGGAGCAGCAGAGUGAUGCUCAGGCUAGUCAUGCAACGUUCUCUGCCGCUCUCCAGGACGACUCGAGGACGGAUCUCAACGAGGUCAAAGGUCACCUGGAAAUCGCCUUGUUAGAGAAACACUUCUUAGAGGAGGAGCUGAAGAAACUCAGAGAAGAGUCCAAUGUGGAUUCGCUGCGGCAGGAGCUGGAGAGGGAGCGCAGCCGCUGCAGCGAGCUGGAGCAGAAGAUCAACGACGUCCUGAAACCCAGACUUGAAGACUCACCUUCACUGACGCCUAAAGCCCCGCCCCCUUCUACACCUGCAGUCAGCGGUACAGACAAACAGAAGGACACUUGGUCCGGCAGCUUCCUGAAGUGGCUCUAUGAACGGUUUGGCGUUUACAUCGAGGACUUCCGCUUCCAGCAGGAGGAGCAGACGGUGGAGACGGAGGAGCCGCUGAGCGCCAAGAGGCUGACUGAAAACAUGAGGAGACUCAAGCGAGGGUUGAAACCAGUGACCAACUUCAAGAGGAACCUGACGGCGUUAUCCAGCUGGUACUCCGUCUACACCUCGGCCAUCGCCUUCAUUGUGUACAUGUAUGCAGCGUGGCACGGCUGGGCCAUCCCUAUGUUCUUGUUCCUCGCCAUCGUCCGCCUCUCCCUAAAUUAUCUCAUCGCCAGAGGUUGGAGGAUCCAGUGGAGCAUCGUACCCGAAGUGUCCGAGCCCGUGGAGCCCCCCAAAGAAGACCUGACAGUGUCGGAGAAGUUCCAGCUGGUCCUGGACGUCGCUCAGAAGGCUCAGAAUCUGUUCGGGAGGAUGGCGAACAGACUGGAGAAGAUCAAGAAUUUGUUCAUUUGGGUUCAGCCCGAGUUGACUCAGAAGCUGUACGUUGGUCUGUGGGUGGCCUUCAUCUCCUCCUGCCUGCUGCCAUUCAAACUGCUGGGAUUCUUCAUAGGUGUGUACGCAGGUAUAAAGUUCUUCAUCAUCGACUUCAUCUUCAAGAGCUGUCCGAAGCUGAGGCAGCGCUUCGACACGCCGUUCAUCAUCUGGACCAACCUUCCCACCGACCUGCAGCUGAAGGAGCGCGGCGGCUCCACGCUCAGCAGGCGGGUCACCAUGACGAGCGGUCGGGGCACCGUCGGCACGGCGGCUCCUCUCGGGGCGACCCGGGACGAGGACGGAGGACGAUACAGCAGCACCAAGAGAGGAGCCUUCCACGAAGUGUUCAACCUGCAGGAGAGCGAGCGCCCUCUGACAGUGUGUGAGAGCGGCUGGCGCUGCUGCCUCAUCAACAGAGACAGGAAGUCCCCCACAGACUACAUCCGCAACGGAUACCUCUACGUCACCGAGAAUCAUCUGUGUUUCGAGAGCUCCAGCUCCAGAUCUGGAUCCUCCAAGAGAAACAAAGUCAUCAAACUGGCCGACAUCACCGACAUCCAGAAGUACAAAGUGUUGUCCGUGCUGCCGGGAUCAGGGAGCGGCAUCUCCAUCGCAACGCCGUCCACCACAAAGCCGAUGGUGUUCGGCGCGAUGAUCCACCGAGACGAGGCCUUCGACGCCAUCUUUAAUCAGCACACAAAAGUCGUCUCUGUGGUUACAGCCACCGAACCGGAGACGUAGGGACACCGUUCACAAGGCUCCUGACACACACACACACACACACACACACACACACACACACACACACACUGGGACUGUUCAUUCACCAGUUUUUAACUAAUCCGGUGACACUGAAUCACUGAUUUUUUGUCAUCAAUGGCAGUUCUUAAACAAGUUUCCACAAAACAGGAAACAAUGGGGAAGAUUUUUAAUGCUAAUUCAUUGAUAAAUUCUCAAUUAUGUCUGGUAUUUAAUUUUGGAAUAACGUCCUGCAUAUUAACACAUCUUGAGGAGAGUUGUCCCUUGAUAAAAUGAACAUAAAUGAUUUCCUUCAAACAGUCAUGUCAUACUCACCGCUCUUCACAGCGUUUAAGGGCUGUACCAUACAUGUUGAAACUACAUCCAUAAUGUUGACGUUUCUAAUUGUAAAUCAAAAUGAAUGACGCACACACAUCUGUAAUUGUUAUUUAAAUGAUAUAUUCAUUCUGUUCCAACGUGGAUUUUCUUGAUAUUGGAUGUCUUUUGUCAGUUCAAAAAACCCCGGACAAAUUCACUUAUCCACAAUAGCAGUAAAUUCCCAUUUUAGAGAGACUUAAACCUGCUCUUUACUGACAGUUUUGCACAAAAUGUAUUUACGUUUAAUGAUUAAUUGACGACCAAAAAAGUCAAUGGUUACAUUUAUUUCAAAUCUUUUAGGUCGAGUAGUCAUUCCAGCUCUGGAUGAUGGUACGAAAAGUGAUAUGAUACCGUCCUUGAGUUAAGGGUUUCUCCAAAACUUAACUUUAAGCACAUUUUUCAAUUUGUUUUUGUCUGACGAACAUCUCAAAGCCCCAACAUUCUUCCCUAAUGGUAUGAUUCAAAGCAAACAAUAGCUGAACAUUACCAUAUUUGAGACUUAAAAACAACAUAAUUCCUGAGAUUUUUGCAUGAAAAAUCACAUUAGAUUAUUAAUAUAUAAUCAAAACAUUGUGUGAGUCAUUUGAGUCAUUGUAGCUCUAAAUCAUGGUUACGAAAAGUGACAUUAUGACCCUCCAUGAGUAACGGAUCUCUCCCAGACUCAACUUUUAACAGGUAGUUUUACUUUGGUAUGAUAAAAAGCUAAGAAUAGCUGUAAAUGACCAUAUUUGAGGCUUAAAUUAUUCAUAUAUAAUCAGAAAAUUAUAUUUUUGUUAUUUCUUUUGUCAAAUAGCCACUGCUGCUCUAAAUCAUGGUAUGAUGAGUGAAACUGUGACCCUCUUUGAGUAACGGAUCCCUCCCAAACUUAGCUUUAAACAUAAAUGUCCACUUUAGUAUAAUAAAAAGCAAAGUAAAGCAGGAAAUUACAAUAUUUGAGACUAAAAACUGCAUUAUUCCUGAGAUUUUUGCAUGAAAAGUUACUUUAAAUUAUAAAUAUAUAAUCAGAAAAGUUGGUUCCAAAUAUUUCUUGUCAAUUGGUCUUUCCAGUUCAAAUUCUUGGUACUAAAAUGUACAUUUUGAUGCUCUUUGAGUUACGAAGAUCCCUUUUUUGUCUGACAGUUUUAAACCCUAAGAUGUUGCUUGAUUUUCUUUAGUGUCUUCACACUACACCAUGAAUAUUAUACUUGAAAAUCUUCACAAUGUGUUAGUGCUACAUUUUCUGGUAUUGAUGAGAAAUGUUUUUACGUUACUAUCCGUGUUCGAACCACUUUACAUUAUAUCUUCAGGGAUUUAUAACUUUAUGUAACUCUGUAUUGUACUAAGCCUUACUGUCAGUUUAUAUUAUAGUAUGUUGGGUUUUUAAUAUGGUGGUCGGACACUGUUUGUUUCUAUAUGGAUGUGCUGACAGAUUUAAUGAAACCACUAAAUCGAUCGCGGGGAGAUUUUCUUUGUAGCUUAAGAUGAAAAAGCUAAUGCUAAUAUAACAGACGUAACCUUUACUACAUGUUUGGUUUGAGUGUUGUUAACACUGCUUAUGCUUUAGCUUUCUUCACAACUAGAUUGCUUGAGAAAAUCUGGCGAAAAAAACUAAAAAGGAGCAACACAAGAACAUCAAAUAUAUCCUGUUUUGUCCAUUUGUUCAAGCUACAUCUCCUAGCUUGAUGCUAAUCGACAAGCUAACCGAUUGAAACUUUGACCUGGGCCGCUUUUUUCUUUAAUCACAGUUAAGUUAUAUUUAACUUUAGCUAGGUGACAAAUGAAGAGACUAAAAUACAUGUAUAUUAUAAUACAUAUAUAUUUAAGGAAAAUGUUUCUGAUCUGUUUAACAUUAGCUUCUUUAACGCUAACUCAUCGGCUAAAGCUAAACAACUGCAAUUGACCUAAAGCACUUUUUAAAUCACAGUUAGGUUAUAUAGCAAGGAGGUUAAAAAGAGGCUCAAAUAUAUUAAUAUUAUUAUAUCUGUAAACAUUUAAGGGUUUUUUUCUCAUCUAAUUAACUUCAACUUCUCUAGCCCUAGCUAAUCGGCUAAAGCUAAACAAGCUAAAGCAACACCACGUAGUCCUUUCUUCAGUUUAGCCUUAUUUGUUUUACUUUGCACAUAACUGGCUAGUGUAAUAAAGUUAUUUUAAAAAGAAAAUAUUUGUUCACUCAAACUAAAAAUUGUUGCUCUGAAAUCCCUAUCAAUGAGCCAAAUGGAAAAUAUAGCUUUUAUUUAUUUUGACCACGCCUAGGUUCAUGUAAAUGUUCUCUGAGUAAGACCUUUCAGUCGUUUUAAAUUUGACACUUGAUGAGUAGGUUUUUUUUUAAAGUUUAAUCUGUAUUUUUUAUUUCAGUCUGAAAGCUUUCACUCCAGCAUUUAUCCAUUUCACGUAAAAUCCACUAUAUUUAAAUUAAAAAGUGGCACAUUUCACUGACAAAAAACAACUCUCCAGAAUGGGUUAGGCUAAAGUAAUUAAAUGUACAAUUACUGAAUAUUAAUACAGUACUUUUCUAAAUGGUUUGCUCAUGUAAAGCUCUUUCGUUGCCAAAUCUCUUUUAGUUUUUAAUUGUAUUUCAUAUUUUUAAAAAAAAGUUUUGACUCUAAAAAAUCUUCCCCGGUUUAUUUCGUGGUUUCUCGGGUGUCGCUUUCGUCUCGUGAACGUUGUGAACUUUUCUGUCGGCUGCUGUCUGUCGGAUACAAUGGUUUUAUAAACUGGUGUCGUUGUAUACAUAGGUGAACGUUUUUUAAAUGAAAUAAUCGCUCUUCUUAAAUUGUGAUGUACAUUUUUUUUUAAGUAAAAUCAAAUGUCGAACACU